AUGAGGACGACGACGAAGACGACGACCACGAGACCGGUGGCGACGGGGGGCAAGACGCGGGCCACGAAGCAAACAACGUUGCGUGGGGUGCUGGUAACGGCGGCUGCGACGGCUAUGACGACGUCGUAUCGCACGCCGCCGUCCGGCACCCCAACGUUAACAAUAACUAUCGGGCCCACCACCAGUGCCCGGCCCGCGCCCCCGCCCCCCACACAACCAACCUACCCCAAACCCAAGGAGACACCACCGGUCCAGAAGAGCGGCAGCCCGCCGCGGCGAUCGGGGUCGGCUGCCCCUAGGACAUCGCCGCCGGCUGCAAGGGCGCCUGCUACCAGGAGAGGCUCCGGUCCCUUAGCCGCUACCACAUCGAGGCCCACCCCACCGGGCAGAAGAGCGGCCCCCGCUACCAGGGGGUCGAAUGGCACCCCUCCCGCAAGAACCCCGCCCGUUAAGACCCCGCCUACCACCACCCAAAGGCGGGUGACACGGGGUAUGAGGGGUGCCAGAGUCCCGGUGGAGGUGGGCAGAAGAACUGCCACCAACACCACCCGGAGGACGGUAGCGGCUCCGACCGGAGCCAGAAGAACGCCCCCGAGAGCAGGAGGGACUCCCACCGCCCACACACCAUCACCCAGGGCGGUGGAGGGAAGGAAGAGUCCCUCCAGCGGCCCAUCACCACCUCGGGCCGUCCAAAAGAAACCCUCGGGGGUAAGGACGGCGGCUUCGCCAUCGUACGCCGCCGUCACAGCGGGCGCCCCUUCCCACACGUCACCUCCCUCGCCGAUAGACGUCGCGCCGGAAAGGGGGCUGCGUACAGCAACCCGGGCCAUCCCCACACCGCCCGGGCCAUCACCACCACCACCAAAACGCAGCCCCCCACCAAGGAAGCACCGGAGCCCCAGGACGCCGCCGACCAUCCGCGGCGAGCAGGGGGCUCCGUCUCUGGUAACGUCGGCGAGUAUGGUGACGUUGUGCACCUCCACCGUUACCGCCACCUGCAGCGGGGGGCCGAUAAUGAGCCCCCUGCCUAUUGUGGGAGAAGCGAUGGUGGCCAGGCCGCUACCACCAUCUCCAGCGGCCCCGCUCCUCCCGACCAUCGAAGAGGUGGAGGUGCCGCAGCCGGCCGGGGCAGCCGUUAGCCCCGAUUCUUCACCAGAGCCGUGGCGUAUCGCCGCUGGAUCCCGCCGACGCCACCACCGCGGGAUCCCGUCGUCAAGCUCGUCGUCCGACGAGGAGGCGCAGCCGCUGCCGCCAGCGAAGAGGACGACGCCUCCGCCCGCCCAACCACCGCGGGAUAAGUCCCUUGCCCGGCCGCCACCGGGCAGCAGCAGCAACAGCAACAAUAACAACAGCGCAGCGCAGAAUAACGCGCAUCGGCCUGGAGCAGGGUGCUCCGGGGCGUCCUCGAGAGAGUUGCUGAUCGGCAUGGCGCAGAACGCUGGCUCCCUGGAGCAGCUGGAGGAUGUUGCGAGGGAAAUCGCAGCAUACCUUCAGGCCUUCAGAGUCGUGGGACCGACCACGAGAGGGGGCGGGACGGAUAGGCCCCAACAGCGUGCGAGAGCUAGGGGCGUGUCGGACGACCAAGCGGCUCGCGGUUCGAACGGUCACCGCGAUCGUCCUGUGUUGGCAGGCGGACCAACGCGGGGGGACCAGGAGGUGCUCAUGGGCCCGUCCUUGCACUGCAAAGUGCCUAAGGACAGGGUACAUGAGUACUUCCUGAACAUGUACUCACCGGCGAGGAACCUGGGAGCUAGGCCUCCCCCGCCUUCCAUCGAGGCUCCAGACGAGGCCAGCAAUGUGGCCUUGGUGAAGCCCUUCGAA